ACCUACAAAAUGAAUUGAGAUAAAAGGCAUACGUACCUAGGGCGCAAAACUGCGAACUAAAAGCCUUAUCACAACAUUACCGUUUUCGAAAUGGAGAAAGAUAAAUUAUAGGUGAGGAACUGAUGGGCUGUGAUACACAACAGCAAAAAGAAAACUUUGGGCUGUUAUUUUAUCAGUUGCAUCAAAAACAGGAAUCAUUUUUUGCCUUAUAUUUUUGUUCCCUAAUGAAGAACUCCUAACCGCCAAAAAGAAAGGUCCCUUAAAGUGAGACUUAUGUGCCUGUCCAUCUGUCUAUAUGUCACUGUUAAUUAUAACUAUAAUGCUAAUGACACCAUUGCUUUUUAAAAUAUACUUUUUAUCUCCAUUGAGAUCCAAAACGAGAAGGCCAAAGUUUUAAGUUUAAAAAAUCCAUUUUUUUGUUAGUUUUAAAUUACGUACUGGUUUUCAUUAUGUCCAAAAAUAUCCGAAAGACUUUUCCCUCCUUUACUUGAAAAAUAUGUGAGUCAAAAUAAUUCCCAAAAACAAAGAGAUUUCUAAUUCAUAAUUCGCAAUUCCUUGUAACAACACUAAUUAACUUUGUUUACAUAAGGAUAUCGAUAUAGUUCAUACAGUAAAUUUUACAAAAUUGGUAAGUUUGGCAAUUGGAGAGUGAUAACUCUUUUAGCGUUUUAACCUUCAUUUUCUUGUCUCAUUUAAGAAGCCAAAAGGGGAAAAAGGUGUGGCCGAGAUAAGCGACAUCAAAUUUUGGGGGUAGUAGGCGGAGUGAUACUGUUAGAAAAGAAUAGGAAAGGCGAGAUUAGAAAGGGACACAUACAAGCAAAAGUUGUAGUAAGAAAAAAUUGACGUUCGUUGAAGGGAAGGAAUAGAGCAAUAAGUAAGGACUUUUGAAAUUACAGAUAUGAAAUUUAUGAGCAACGGAAUUAGUUACGACGUGGCCAUAAAAAAAAGGUUUCCGAUAGUGUUCUAUCUUAACAAUUGUAUAGAAAUUGUUAGCAAUUCUAAAUGAUUGUGACAAAAAACGGGUAAUUUGACAUGAAAAAUUAUUGAUAGUUAAAAUAACGCGUGACGAACGCAACAAACUGUGUUUUUUCUUUAUUUUACAUUAUUUUCGUUACCACUUGUGAUCCAGAACGUAAAAUCCUCAACCAGGAUGUCAACAGCGUGCUUGCUACAAAAUGUUGGCAUAUUAUGGAAAUAUUUUGGAAUUGUCUGUUCUGAAAUGCUCUUUAUUGGAGUAAACAUGACAGUUAAGUACCUAUAUUUGCUAGUAAAAUUUUUUUAAGACUAAAUCGAUCGAAACAAUAUGUUGCACGCGAAGACAAAGAAUGCUUCGUCAAAUAAACAACAUACAUGAUGUAAAUAGUGUAACAGUAAACUAAAAGGUAAAAAAUAAUUCAAAAAGUCAUCACGACAUAAAGGAGGUCGCUAUUUCUGUGGCGUCAUCGUAAAAUAUUUUAAAUAGACUAAAAUAAAUCGGAUGAAAAUACAUACAAUCAAUUGCAAAUGAAUGUGCUAUGUUGAAUUUGAAUUAUUGAAACUAGAUUCAAACAGAACAAUACAGUAUCCUUUAACAGUAAUAUUCGGAGUAUUUGGCAGUUUUAUUUAUUUGUAAUUUGAAUGAAAAUUUCGAGUAUUCUGUUUCGCAAUCAUGUACAAAUGAUAGGUAUAUACAAUGUAUAUUAAUACACAGGUUCGUUAAUUUACUUGAUUUUUCUAAAACGGACACAAAUAAUCAAGUCAUUCACGUACAUUUACAUCCAUAAUUUAAGAAAUGUUUACUUGCAGUAGAUACCUUGCUGGCUCGUUGAAUGUUAAUAUUUGUCGUUGAAGUUAAACUAUGUAUCUAUAAUAGUAAACAAAAAAGUCUCACGUAUUUGAGAAGCGAAUGUUAAUGUUUCUAUUGUGCUAAAAGAGAAAAGACAAUCUCGCACGUGUAUUUAUUAAUAACUUGUUCUAUUUUGUAAAACAAAUGUUUACUGAAGCUUUAAGGUAUCUACAUCAGGACGUAAAACUCACAAAAAUUAAAAUUAAAAUUUUCUUGGUAAAUGACACAGAGCGACAUAAUAAAAUGUUGAAAAAACAUGUUUAAGAACUUAUGGACAAUCAUGAAGUCACAUAUUCGGGUCAAACGGGACGUUCAGUUAAAAAAAGACUGCCGGAACAUAAAAUAUCUAUGUACCUAUACGUAAUUCUUCAAAAAUUAAGUUAAGGUAAAAAUUUUGUACAUAAUAAUUAUUCUUCAGAUCGGAAGAAUUUCAAAUUACUCCAUACUUAGAGGUAAAAAGCUAGACUUUUUGAAAACAAUGACAGUCAAAACGGUAAUAAAUUUUUAUUGAACAAUCAAACAGACAUCGUUAUGUCUGAUCUAUUAAUAAAAGCCGUUGUGGAUAAUAAAGCUGUAAACAAGCAAGUUUGUAAUACCUAUAACUUUUUGGGAAUGACUUAAUAGCUGAACCAAAUUGUACAAUAAAUUGGUGAAAUAUAUUCCACCUCUUGGAAAAAUGUGAUGUUAAUACGGAACCCUUAUGGGUUGGACACUUUAAUUCUUGCCUUUCACAACCCUACAAAUUAAACUUUACAUGUGAUUAUUUUAUAGAUGAAAAUCCCGCGCAGCAAAAAAAUAUUUGACAAACUGUUAAAGGCUUUCACGGCUAGUAAAUGAACUGAUGGUGUCCUGAUUUUGAUGCUGGAAGGACCUCUGAAGAAGCUCGCAAUUUGUGCUAGCGAAACGUUAGGAAGCAACUCUAACCGACGAUGGUUUUUAGACACGAAUCAAAUCAAAAAGUAAUGUAAUAAAUAUAAGAAUCGUUAAAUAUGAAUUAGAAGUUUCAUUUAUCGUUUUGAAGUUUGGUUUUGGAAAUAUUAAACUCCCUUCCGUUAUUUAUAAAUAGGACCGGCUAAAAAAACUUGCAGGAAGGUUUCAGCGCGUGGGCAUCUAAUUUGAAUUAAAUUUAUUUCGAAUAAGGGAGGCUGUACACAUUUAGGUGCUGCAGGGUUUCAGAACUGCAAAAAAAUGUGUAAUUAUUUUUGUUCCCUAAUGAAUAACUCCUAACCGCCAAAGUAUAUUUUAGAGUUCUGUACUAACAAUGUAAGAAAGGUUCCUUAAAGUGACACUUCUGUGCCUGUCCGUCUGUCUAUAUGUCACUGUUGAUUAUAACUAUAAUGCUAGUUACACCGUUGCUUUUUAAAAUAUACUUUUUAUCUUCAUUGAGAUUCAAAACGAAAAGGUUUAAGUAUAAAAAGUCCGUUUUUUGUUAGUUUAAAUUAAGUACUGGUUUACAUUAUGUCUAAAAAUAUCCGAAAGAUUUUUUUCCUCCUUUACUUCAGAAAAUAACAAAGUCAAAAUAAUUCCCGAAAACAAAAAGGUUUUUACAUAGGACAUGACAUAUAAAAACAUAAAAAAGCAAUUCCUUUAUUUAUAUUAUUACUAUUAUGCUUCAUAAUUAUUCGACCGUAGAACCCUUACAAGUGAUUUAGAUGAUUAUUGAUUUGUAUACAUCACGAUUUAGAGGAGAAGAAGAUUUGUAAGCUAAAUUUGAGAGGAUUUUCAAAAACAACUCAACAACUGUGCUUGUUGUUAUUAUUUCGAAUAAGGCAGGCUGUACACAUUUCGGUGUUGCAGGGUUUCAGAACUGCAAAAAAGUUUGUAAUUAUGAAUCUUUCUGAUCUUAUCAGUAAAAUUUGAUUCAAUAAUUUAGUGUAUCUAAUACUCCACACCAGGUAGUAGACAAAAUGAAUAGUGUAGAUUUCUGAUGCAGUUUGUUGUGUUAUCCCUAAGAUUAUUGAACUGAACCGAACAAAGCGGUUCUGUGCACUGUUUUUGGAUUCCGCACUGCUCUCCCGUUAUAGAUAAUUUUACUUUACAUUCGCAUGAUUGUGUCAUUUUUUUUUUCUCGUGAAGGCGUUUGCUUACAAUGAAAUUGAACAAUUAAUUUGUAAAUAAACAAAAUUACAUACCUACGUGCGUGUUCAGAUUAACUCGGAUACAUUUUCGUUUUGAUUGUUUGGCGCAUCCGCGAGUUUACUUCGAGCAUCCGCGACGUCUUCUUUGGCAAGUUUAGUCGGUGCGGGAUUCCACAACGGCGCCAACACGCGUCUCUAUGCGGACUAAAAAGUGCGAACGACGCCACUUACCUUACGAAACAUACACUUAGUUACGCGUUCUAACCAAAUUAUAAGGAUGAAAGUUGCGUUCGAGUAGAAUAUUAGGCAAACUUUUGAAACUAAAUGUGGUUUUAAUCGAAACAGCUCAUAACAGAAGAUACACGCAACAGGUAAUAUUAACUAUAUAUCGGACGGAAAUUCUCCUGUUUGCGUCAAAUGAAGAAACAUCGUCGGCCAAUUAGUUUGGAUCAGACAAAAAUAGCCACCACCUGAUCCAGUUAAAUUUAUGAAAUGUUCCGUAAUUAUUUCAAGUACUGAGAACUUCAAGUUGCGAGAGAUUGACUUUUUGUUUUUAUAAGUGACUGUGAAAUAUUAGUGCAUUCAGUAUGUCUGCGCAACCCUCUGAACUUUCGUUGGCCGAAAUUAUACGAUCGAAGGAAGAACAUUGUAAUUCAACUUUAAAUUCAACAGACAUUAGAACGGAUGAACUUUACUGUCGAGGAGUAUUUGAUGGAUGGGCCUGUUGGCCUGACACCCCUGCAGGUCUAGCUGCCAGUCAGCCUUGUCCAGAAUUCAUUGUUGGAUUUGAUCCCGAACGUAUUGCAUAUCGAAAAUGUGAAGAAAACGGUGAUUGGUUUGUUCAUCCUAUUUACAACAAAACGUGGUCGAACUACACAACUUGUGUUAACUUAGAAGAACUGUCUUUCCGUCAGCAGAUAAACAUUGUUUACUCCGUCGGCUACAGCAUUUCCCUCGUGGCAUUGGUCAUUUCCUUGGCAAUCCUGACGUAUUUCAAAUCUUUACGAUGUGCUCGUAUCACGGUUCACAUGAAUUUAUUCGCAUCCUUUGCAAUGAACAAUUUAUUGUGGCUGAUGUGGUAUAACAUAGUAAUUGGAAAUCCCGAUGUAGUUUCCACAAAUAAGUGGUGGUGUCGAAUCCUACACAUAGUCCUUUACUGUUUCCUCUUAUCAAAUUAUACGUGGAUGCUUUGCGAAGGCGUUUAUCUCCAUACGGUGCUUGUAUCAGCUUUCAUUUCCGAAUCUAGGCUGUUAAAAUACAUGUACCUUCUGGGUUGGGGUGUGCCUGGUCUCACAAUUGUUAUUUAUGCAUUUACGAGGCAUUUUGACGGUGAAGCGACGGAUACAUCGGAAUGCUGGAUGAAUGAUGGAAAAUAUAAUAUAAUCCUUCAAGUACCAGUGUGUGCUGCCGUCUGCCUCAACGUUAUAUUCCUUAUAAAUAUAGUGCGAGUGCUGCUAAUAAAACUUAGAAAUGGACCUCAUCUGCAAAGGAACAAUUCUGGCUCGACGAGGACUUCAAUACAAGCCCUAAGGGCCACGUUGUUACUUGUCCCGUUGCUGGGUCUCAACUUUCUCCUAACGCCUUUUAGACCGGAGGAAAAACACCCGUGGGAACACGCAUACGAAAUCCUUUUAGCCAUUACCGCUUCACUUCAGGGAUUUUGCGUCGCCAUUUUAUUCUGCUUUUGCAAUGGGGAGGUUAUGGCUCAAAUAAAACGGAAAUGGAGCCUGGUGAUGUUCCGGCCACGAGCGAACUCCUGUACAGUUACCACGGUUUCGGUACGUAAGGUAGAUAUUUUUUAUUUCAAUUUUUAUUUGUUUCUAACCUUAUCGUAAUCAUAACAUGUCAAUAUUAACGACACAAUUUUAAAAUAGAUAAUUUACUACCUAUCAUCAGUCAUUUUCUCAUAAAAUACGGUUUAGUUUUCACAUUUUAUUAACUGACUAAAAAUGCACUAAAAUAUUAAAUAUUGGAUUCACUCGGUGAUCAG